GGGUCAGGUCAGUGGCGGGUGCUGAGAAUGGGCGCUUUGUGUAGGUGGGGAACCGUGCGGUUGCGAGUGUCCCAGCUGCGCUGAUCGAGAUUCGAGGGCGCCGACUGGCAGAGCCGCUUGUCAGCGUAACGCUGCGUCCCGGAGGCUUCCACCUUCUGUCUGUUGUAUUGUGUGGGGUUGAGGGGAGGGGUGGGGGGAAUUGUUUUGUCGCCUUCGACCAUGGGAUUUAAGAUGGCGCCUGGGCCUUGGCCUGGCCUCCGGAUCGCCUUACGGCUGCUCUGCGUCUCUCUGCUCCUGGUGCGGACUUCAGCGUGCCCCUCGCAAUGCUCUUGCGCCGAUGGCUUGGUGGACUGCAGCAGGCGGCGGGCGACUGAGAUUCCUCAGCACCUUCCAGCGUGGGUCACGCAACUAGAUCUGAGUCAUAACAGAUUAGCUUCCGUUAAUGAUGCUGCAUUUGAUGGUCUUUGUGGACUACUGGAACUGAAAAUCAACUGCAAUCUACUCACUUCAAUCCCAUCAUUAGGUGCUGUAACAGCUAACAUUACCACCCUGUCUCUAACGCAUAAUCGGAUUGCGAAGAUAAUUGCAUUGGACCUUCAGCCAUAUACCUCUUUGGACACUUUAGAUCUGAGUUCAAACAUGAUUUCAGAAAUCAAAACUACUUCAUUUCCAACAAUGCAGCUGAAAAAUUUAUAUUUGAACAACAACCGAAUAAUGAUCCUUGAGCCGGGUUGUUUUGAUAACCUUUCCAGCACAUUGCUUGUCCUCAAACUGAACAGGAAUAAAAUUUCUGUCAUUCAACCAAAGAGCUUCCGGAUGCCUCAUCUUCAGUCUCUGGAACUAAAGCGCAAUAGAAUCCGGAUUAUUGAAAGUCUUGCAUUUCAUGGCCUUGACUCAUUGAAAUCAUUGAAGCUACAGCGUAAUGGAAUAAGUGAACUUAAGGAUGGAGCUUUCUGGGGGCUCAAUGAAAUUGAGCAGUUGGACUUGGAACACAAUAACCUGACUGAAGUUACCAAGGGUUGGCUAUAUGGCCUUAAACUUCUGCAGCGGCUACACCUGAACCAAAAUGCCAUUGCCAGGAUAAGUACUGAUGCCUGGGAGUUCUGCCAGAAACUGACAGAGCUGGACAUGACCUACAAUCAGCUGACUCGUUUAGAUGAGUCUACAUUUACAGGCUUGAAAUUGCUUGAGAAUUUAUACAUGGGAGACAACAGAGUGAGUUAUAUCGCUGAUGGAGUUUUUAGUGGCCUGUCUAACCUGCUCACACUUGAUCUGAGGAAUAAUGAAAUCUCAUGGGCAAUUGAGGAUUCGAAUGGUGCUUUCACUGGAUUAGAGAAGCUGCAAAAAUUGAUCCUGCAAGGAAGCAAAAUAACUUCCAUCACAAAUACAGCAUUUUCUGGACUAGCAGCCCUUGAAUACCUAGAUCUGAGCAAUAAUGCCAUUAUGUCAAUUCAAGGAAAUGCUUUUUCCCAAAUGAAACUUAAAGAGCUAGUUCUAAACACAUCCAGUCUUUUGUGUGAUUGCCAGUUGAAGUGGUUGCCUCAGUUUCUAAUGGAAAAACAGUUUCAGCACAUCGUUACUGCCAAGUGUGCUCAUCCUGUGUGGCUGGCAGGAAAAAGCAUCUUUAAUGUUGAUGCCGAGGACUACAUAUGUGAUGAUUUCCCAAAACCUGUGAUCACCACCCAUCCUGAAACCACUGUGGCACUAAGGGGGAUGAAUGUCAGCUUCACCUGCACAGCUGGAAGCAGCAGUGACUCUCCCAUGGCUGCUGCAUGGAGAAAGGACAGCGAGUUGCUGUAUGAUGCUGAGAUCCAGAACUUCUCCAGCUUGCGGGAGAAGGAAGGAGAGUUUAUUGAAUACACCACUGUACUGCAGCUGCGGAACAUCAAUUUUACAGAUGAAGGGCGGUACCAGUGUGUUGUCACAAAUUACUUUGGCUCAAACUAUUCCAACAAGGCAAAACUUACAGUGAAUGAACUUCCCUCAUUUAUGAAAACCCCCAUGGACUUAACAAUUCGAACCGGUGCAAUGGCUCGGCUGGAGUGCGCCGCAGGGGGUCACCCAAUACCUCAGAUUGCUUGGCAGAAAGAUGGUGGCACGGACUUCCCUGCAGCAAGGGAGAGGCGUAUGCAUGUCAUGCCAGAGGAUGAUGUCUUCUUCAUUGCAAAUGUGAAAGUUGAAGAUAUGGGCAUGUACAGCUGUAUGGCACAAAAUGCAGCAGGAGGCAUAUCAGCAAAUGCCACCCUCACUGUCCUGGAAACUCCUUCAUUUAUGCGACCUCUGGAAGAUCGAACUGUUGCCAGAGGAGAAACAGCUGUUCUUCAGUGUAUAGCUGGAGGUAGCCCCACACCACGCCUGAACUGGACAAAAGAUGAUGGUCCUUUGGUUGUAACAGAGAGACAUUUCUUUGCUGCUGCCAACCAGCUUCUGAUCAUUGUGGAUGCUGGACCAGAGGAUAUUGGGAAGUACACGUGUGUCAUGUCUAACACACUUGGGACAGAGCGUGGUCACAUUUACUUAAACGUGAUUCCAACUUCGAGCUGUGACUCCAUGCAGAAAAGCUCAGUCUUCGAGGAAGAUGGCUGGACAACAAUUGGAAUUGUUAUUAUUGUUGUAGUGGUUUGUGUGGUUGGCACUUCACUGGUGUGGGUAAUUGUUAUAUACCACAUGAGACGGAAGAGUGAGGAUUACAGUAUUACACACACAGAUGAGAUGAACUUGCCUACUGAUAUUCCAAGUUACCUGUCUUCCCAAGGAACACUGUCGGAGCCUCAGGAGGGCUAUAGCAACUCUGAGGCUGGCAGUCACCAGCAGCUCAUGGCAUCUACUGCCCAUGGCUAUAUACACAAAGGAACAGAUGGUAUUUGCUAUGUAGAUAAUGGGAGUGAAACUGAUGCAGACAUUCUGACCACACCGCUUGCGACCAAUCUGCAUGGGAGAAUGGGUUCCUUGUAUGCAGGAAGAAGCAGUUUUCAUCCAAGUGAGCCCCAUGAAAGCCUUGCACAGCAGGCCAAUGCAGGUGGUACUUCGGGAUCACUGGUGAUUUGCUCAGAUUGUUUUGACAGCACCAACAUGUAUGCAAAGAACAGAGAGUACUGUCCCUAUACAUUCCUUGGAGAGGAAGGUUCUCUUGAUCAUACUCUAGCCAACUUUAAGGGACAAUUUCCAAAGGACAGCUUUACAGUACACAAUCAGCAUGAAGGCACGGCCACAGACGGUCUGACUGCAGAAGCUGACGUGUCUGUUUAUUUGACAAACCAUGAUAGGAUAUGCAAUCCAAGUAUGACUCAGCAACAUCGCAUGGAAUCCUGCCCACGGCUUUCACGGGGUUUGAAUGCAGAUUCGGGACUGCACACAUAUCCACACUAUUUGCAUCAACCUGUGAAUGUUCAUGAGAAUCCACGGGCUCUCAUGGAAGGCGAAGAUGAAGCAGAGGACGGACCUGAACCCUGUACAGCUAAUAGCAGACCAACCCAAAGAAGCCCUGAGCAGAGCACUGACAAUGAGAGGACUCCAGCAGUUCAGGCUUAUGGUGCCACUACGUAGGUCAUUAAUGCACCAAAUGCAAACACAUUAUCAGUACUCUGAGCAACGCAACCUUCACCCACUACCUCAAAAUGCUGACACUGAGGCCAAACACACCAGUUGUGUAUGUCUUUGAGGCUCAACAUAUCUUCAUUAUUCUGCACUUUUCAGACUUAAGUUUUGUUAAGGAAAGCAUCCUUGAAAGCUAUGGCAGAGGAAUAAGUUUUUUUUUCCCCAAGUGCAUUUUUUUUUGUCAGUCCUGAUUACAAAUAGUUGUAUGAAAUUUCUGUUCUAAAACUCUCAUCACCAAUUUCUAGGUAAAGAAAGCAACUGGAAGUAAAGAAUGAUCCCUAAAAUGUUGGUAAACACUCUUAAAUUGUAUAAGGAUAAUAGAAUGUGGCUUGGAAAAAAUAUCAGCUGCAGGAAACAUGACCCUUGAGCCAGAUUUUUUUAAUGUGUAGUAGUCUCUCUUGUGACGUUUUAACUCGUCUGUCAAAUUUUUCACUGACAUUAAUAGCCUGUAUUUUCAAGAUAUUGAUGCUGUUCAGCUUGGUGGUUUCCAAACAGGAUCUGGUAUUGUAUAGAUAUUGCAUGUUUUGCAGUUCAGGUGAAUACUUCACACUACAGUGUUGUUAAAAUCACUGCAAAAUGUAGAGGUUCUAACUGGCAAGCGGAGCGAAUGAUAUUUUACUAUCUGAAUUAAAUUUGCACCAACAGUUGUUUGGGUUGUGGCUUUGUCAACUUUCAAAUUAGAUUUUUGAACAUUUUUGCCAGUACAAUAACAAUGUUAGAAAAGAAGCCAAAAAACAGUUUCUUUUCACUCUCGAGGUCUAGCCAUUGCAACAUCUGGACUGCGUGACUGGUGUAAAACAUUAUGCUUGAACUGUGCAAUUUGCCUUGGUACUGUCAGCUUAAUGCUGUGGCAGACCUUGAUGAUCUCAAUCACUUGAGUCUCUCAAAAUAGCCAUGCUCCAUUUGUAAUGAACCAUCACAUGGCAUGUAUUGGUGUGUUGCAUCUUGCAUGGAAGAUGGGGCAAAUUUUGGUUUAACUUUGAACAGCUGUGGAGCAUAAAAUGAUGAAUUGUUGUUAUUUUGAAAGUGCAAACACUGAUCAAGCAGGUUUAUGGAUUCAAGACCCAAGUUAUUUGUGUUUGUUCAAGAUCAGAUUUGGAACAACAGCAUUGACAUCCCGGAAGUGAGUGGCAAACAUGAAAUGUUCAAGUGCUACCACACCUGUUAUUGCAUAGUCAUUGAUUCACACUUCAUUUUGGUUUUCCCUUAUUAAGUAGCCAGUAAGACAAACUUCCCAGUGAAGGGGAAGGAUAUAUAGCUCUGAAACAGUCUUGAAACAGCCCCCCAGUCACAAUUUUAAUUUCUUUCUUUGGGAUCUUUGUUAUAAGAUUGACUCUUGCAUUUAUAACUUAUAUCAAUAAUAUAUAUUAUGUAUUCAAGUAAUCUUGAAUAUAAAGCCUUGUAUACAGUUCAUUUUUAUUAUGGGUUUGAGUGCUUUCUUUGAGAAUUGGUACAGGUGAUGACCAUAUGGGCCAGCAUCUUCAAUUCCACCAUCUGCCUUUACAUAAUAUUUCCUGAUAUUUGAAAUCAAGUGAAAUCCAUGAUCUUAUGUGACCAGUUCAUUACAGAUCAGUAGAAUACUGUGUCAUUAGGAACCUGUUUCCUGGGUUCAGAGGUCUCUGACCUCUAGGCUUCAUAAUUUCCCCAGAAUUUCAGAAUCUCAUGCUCAGUCACACAUAGAAGUACUGGUGCAGUACAUCCUUUGGGGUAACCAAAUACUGAUACAGAUAUCCUGAUGGACAAAUUUAGAACUUAUGAAUUCUGCCUUCAGUUAUGUGCCUGUUCCUUAACUGUCCAUACCUGCAUUGGACUUACUGUUGAAAACAUUAUCAGACUGCACUUGUACAGUACAAACUAUUCCAGCUAUUCAAGUGGCAUACAACUUUUAAGUGCUGACAUUUAAUCUAUAUAAUACAACAUUUAAGUGCAUCUACUACAUUUGUCAGUUUUGUUCAUUUAUGUUUCACAUUUGUUAAGUCUAUUCAUUCUAUAAAGCUCUUUUUCAGUUGUAGAUUGCCAUGGAAAAAUCUUUCAUUUUACUGUUAAAGUAAAUUUACAAUGUUUUAAAUUUGGAAAUCCCUUUGAUCUUUUGGCUGGAGAUGUCACUUGAGUUAGGAUGAAGUAUUGGAGCCACUUAUUAUAGUUGGAGGCAUCUCUAGUGUACUCAACAUUUUGUUAUUAUAAAUACAGUUUUGUUGGUUAAUCCUAGAACUUAAGUCAAAUGAUUGUGUAUUUUAGCUGCGAUCUAGCUUUAAAAAUGUGUCCAUGGGAACUCUUUACUGAUAUCAGGCUAAGACACUUCAAUUUUGAAUGAUCAUAUUGGGAUUUGUACCUGUACUCUGGAUGGCUAAUAUGGGCUGUUAUCACAAGGGCAGUGAUUGAAGCUCUGGAUUACUUGUGGUGCCCCUAUCCACCAUCUGUGUUCAGUGUGUGUGCAUAUGUGUAAUCCAGUAGGCGUCCAGUCAUCUGUUUGAAUUAAAUUGGCAUCUAAUAUGCAACCACAUUUAUUUCAGCAUACCUACGCUGAGUUAUGACUGGCAAUGAAACAAAGAAUGGUACUUUGUUAAUGACCAUUUAUAAUUCUGCACUGGUGUUCAACCAAUAAUUAAUGGUUAUGCUUAACUACACAUUUAUUUGUCCUUGUACUUUAAGCAAUGAUAGUAUAUUCUGAUUUGUAGCAUUGGAGUGAUUAAUCAUCUCCAUACCCAAUGAUUGAUUGGCUGUAAUGAAUUAUUACUUAAACAUUCCAUUCCAAAGCAUGUUAUGGCCAGUGAAGAACUGGUGUGGUGAAUUGGAGUUGGGAACAGGGUUUCUGCUUCUUGGUAUGUAAGAGAAUUUUAUUACACAUAAAAUAGGCCACUGAGCCACAACAGGUCUGUACGGUUUUUUUUUGACAAAUCUUCUCCUGCCCAACUUCAGCUCACUUAUCAGAAUCAGAAUUGGGUACGUAGCAUUGACAUAUGUCAUGAAAUUUGUUGUUUUGUGGCAGCAGUAUAGUGCAAUGCAUAAUAAUUUUAAAAAUCUAUAAAUUACAAGAAGAAAUAUGUAUAUAAUUAAUUAGUGCAAAAUGAGUCGAUGAAUAGUGAAGAAGUGGCCAUUAAUUCAUUUAAGGUUCAGUAAUCAGAUGGUAGAAGGGAAGAAGCUGCAUCUGAAGCAUUGAGGGUCUGUCUUCAGGCUCCUGUACCUCCACCUUUAUGGUAGCGAUGAGAAGAUGGCAUGACCUAUGCCACCUUUUCAAGGUGUCUUGAAUGCUGAGGAGGCUAGUGCCCAUAUUGGAGCUGAGUGUACAACUAUCUGCGCCUUUUUCCAAUCCUGUGCAGUGGCCCCUCUGUACCAGACAGUGAUGCAACCAGUUAGAAUGCUCUACGCAGUACAUCUGUAGAUAUUUGCAAGUGUGUUGGUGACAUAGCAAUUCUCCUAAACUCCAAUGAACUUUAGCUGCUGUUAUGCCUUCUAUGUAAUUGCAUCAAUACGUAAGGCUCAGGAUACAUCCUCAGAGAUGCUGACACCUAGGAACUUGAAACUGCUCACCAUUUCCCUUUAUGAUACCUCAAUGAGGAAUGGUGUGUGUUCCCUCAAUUACCCCUUGCUGAAGUCCACAAUCAUUGUCUUGUUCUUACUGAUAUUGUGUGCAAGGCCGUUGCUGCAACACCAUUCAACCAACUAAUUCUGUCAACAAUAGCUGUGUCAUUGUCAAAUUUGCAGAUGACGUAGGGGCAGUGCCUGGUCAGACAUUUAUGAAUGUAGAGAGAGUAGAGCAGUGGGCUAAGCACACAACCUUGAGGUGCACCAGUGUUGAUUGUCAGCAAGGAGCAGAUAUUAUUUCCAGUCCACACUGUCUGUGGACUCCCAGUGAGGUCAGUUGCAGAGGGAGGUAUAGAGGCCCAGGUUUUGAAGCUUGUUAAUUAGAACUGAGGGUAUAAUGGUAUUGAGCGCUGAGCUGUAGUCGAUUAAACAGCAGCUUGACAUAGAUAUUGCUACUGUUCGGGUGAGCUGAAUAGAGAGCCAGUGAGGUUGCAUUCACUGUGGACCUAUUGCAGUGGUUGCACGUUCUUGUUUAUGCAGGAGCUGUUUCUAGCUGUGACCAACCUUUCAAAGCACUUAAUCGCAAUAGAUGUGAGUGCUACUGGACAAUACCCAUUGAGGCAGCUCACCAUGUUCUUUUUGCCCACUGGUAUGAUUUGCCCUUUUGAAGCAGGGGUGAACCUCUUACUGCGGCUGUGAGAGAUUGAAGGUGUCCUUGACCACUCCCAGCAACUGGUUAGCAAAUGUUUUCGGAGCCCUACCAGGUAUACUAUCAGGGCCUGAUGCCUUGUGAGGGUUCACCCUCUUGGAAGAUGUUCUACCUUUUGUAUGUGGCUCAUCCGAGGCAAGUUGUUGUAUAAUGAUGUACAUUCUUGAAGGUUGUAACUGAGAUUCUUGCUAGAAACCUUGCAAUGAUACUUUCAGAGGUGAAGAGGUCGUUGUAAGAAGAUGGUUGUCAUACAAUCUGCCAGAUUACAUGUUGCCAAUUGUUCUGCUUUAUCAGUCCACCACUUGUAGUAAAUAACCAAUAAGAAUGGGCAUAGCUUUGAAAGCUACAAUAAUCCCAUAUUUUUGCAAAUCUUUACCUUAGCCAACAUAUGUGUCUUGGGUAACGAAAACGGGAAACGUUGAAAUUACUCAAGCUAGUUAGGCAGCAUCUGACCUCAAACAUUAGCUUUUCUUGUCUCUGACAAUGAUACCUAACCCAAUGAUUGUUUCCAGCAUUUUUUGUUUUUGCUGUUUCAGAUUUCCAGAAUCUGUUUUGUUUCUUAGACUUGCAUGUUUGCAUCACCAGUUUCAAUCUCUCCGCCUCUAGAAUUCAGUCUUACUGAGUAGGUAUUUGGACAAAACUUCCAGGAACCCACUUCAAAUAUUUAUAUCACUCUGACCUUAUUUGAUUUCUCCAAUUUCUAGUUCUGUUGAGCUUUCAAAUCAUUUCAGACUAGUCUUAAUUUGACAUCCAGUGGAUCUUGUCUGGUCUGUGGAGUUCUGGGUUAGACAUAAGUCAGUAUACAUGUGAAGUUGUGGCUGUACAGUUGAGCCAGGAUCAGCAUGUACACAAUAAAUGUGUGGUUCCCAUUCCCAAAGAAAUGACUGAAUAUUCUUCCUAACCACUGUCUUCCCCAUAGCAAAGAUGUAUCCCUCCUGCUGGUAAUGGUUGUUGGUUAGGUGUUUAAAUACUCUGGUCAGCUUAUUUAGUCCAGAUAUACAGUGACUUUUUCAUGAUGGGCAAUAUAUCCAUGCUGGCCCCACUAAGCUAGUCAGAUUAGGUCAAUAGGAUAGAAGUCUUUGAAGUGAUUUCUUGGGAACUUUCUACUAAGAUUAUAUCAAAAAAAUCUACCGGGUCAUGAUUCAGUCCUGGUAGGAAUCUAAAACCACAAUAGAAUCGUAAGCAAUUACAAAUCAGGAACCUCUGCCAGAGCCUUCGUGCAACAGUCACUAUCCUCAGUAAAAGGCAAAAUUGCUGAGAUUCCAUUUGACCCAACACAUCCAUGCUGAACACAGUGUCCACUCAGCUAAUUCCAAUUUCCUUUGUUAGGCCAUAUUCUUCUAAGCCUCUCCCCUCCAUAUAACUGUCAGUGUGCUUCUUAAAUGAUAUUAUUGUACAUGACUCAACCAUUUUAUCUGGUUUCCAGUUCCAUAUACUCACCACCUUCUGCGUGGAAAAAGGUGCCCCUCAAAUCCCUUUUUAAAUCAUCUCCUAAAUCUAUGUACCCGAGUUUUGGACUCCUCUACCCUGGAGAAAAGACUGCUACUAUCCACCUUGUGUCUCUCAUAACUUAAAAACAUUUCUAUAAAGUUGUUCCUCAUUCUCCUAUGUUCCAAGGUUUAAAAAUACUUUGUAAUAAUUUGUAUAUUUUUCCCAUGUGCAUGCGGGUUUCCUCUGGGUGCUCUGGUUUCCUCCCACAGUCCAAAGAUACACCGGUUAAUUGGGCAUUAUAAAUUGUCCUGUGAUUAGGCUGGAGCUAAAUUGGUGGGUUGCGGGGCAGCACAGCUUGGUGGGUUGGAAGGGUUUGUUCCAUGCUGUAACUCUAAGUAAAUAAAUUCAAACAACCUAUACUCUAUGUAUACACUUCAUGGUUCAGUCCAAAACAUUGACUCUUCCUUCCUCUCUGUAGAUGCUGCCUGACUUGCUGUGUUUCUCCAGCACUUUGUGUAUGUUAGUAUGAUUUAGUUACAUCUUUGUGUCUGAUGUAUGGGGAAUAGCCCAGUUGGGGCAUUGAUCAUCUAUGAACAGAUAUAUGGCUCUGAUUCCAUGGUUAUCAUUCAUUUGAUGCUGUCUUUCUUUUCUGUCCUCACUGCCAAAAAAAUGUUACGCCAAACAUUUGGUGAAUUGCUGGUUUGUACCUUCUACAUUGGGCCACACCACCUUUUAGUCACAAUGCUAGGAGGCAGGGAUUCACAAUUAUGGCUGUCUUAUCAAUCUCAUUGUCAAAUUAAAGGAGCCAUUGGUGGGGAGGUGGUGGUGAGAGGAGGAAGAAGCAGGUUGUGGAAAGAUACAGAAGCAUGCUGGGAAUCAAAAGUAAGAUAAAUGGGAUCUGUAGAAAUGAUGGUUUGUACUUUUGGAGCCAGUAUGGGAUUUGAAAUAAGCUCAAUGAAAGUGAUGUAUUGGUUUUCUUGAAAUAGGUGGAUGACAAUGAAUAAACUCGCAUCAAAAUUCUGCAUGCAGAAAUUAGGCCUUUCAGCCUCUCAUACCUUUGCCAGUUCUCUGGAGCAGAACAGCCUUGGUUAUUUUGUGAUGCACUCAGUGCCUGAUCUGAGCAACAUUCAAAGAUAGCUGUUUCUUAUUUGCUUCAAUUUUAUUUAAAAUACCGUUCUGCAAGCCCUCUCUACUGUGAACAGCUUGCAGAUGCUAUUCAAUGAAUCCUCUCAGUGUAAGUACUGUGCUAUGACUAAAUUGCUGCCCCAGUUACUCUGCUAUGAAUCCACUGUUCAAGUACUGUGCUGUGAGCCUUCUCUAUGCAGGUACUAUGCUUAAACCUGCUGUGUAUAAAUACUGUGCUGUGAAUCUAAUGCAGAUGCUGUGUGCAACUUGUGUUGACCAGAAUCUAUCCUUCUGUAUAUUUGAUGCUUCACUUCUGUACAUUCUGUAAAGCAUGUGUACAAUAAACCUGUUAAUGUAAAAUAUUGUAUUUCUGCACACAAUAAAGAAAUAGGAAAACUUC